AUGAAGGUCCUAGGAGAUAAAUCGCCCCUUAGGAAGGUCCAGGGUUUGGAUUCGGGGUUGGAAUCUAAUGAUGAGUACGUCCCCACCAAGGGCACCGAAUCAAACCACCGUUCGGAAACUCCCCCGGAGUAUUUGAAGGCAAGACCACCAAGUCCGAGGAGAACUUCCGAAGACUUCAGUUCCGAGGAGGUCCCAAGCCGAGACCCCGCUAUCCGUCUGCUUUUCCAGAGAAUCCAGAAGAUGAAAGAUGACCGAACCCAGUCCCAGGUUCCUGACUGGGGAAAACUUCGGCCAGGACCAUUUACCGAGCGCAUCAAGAAGUCCAGACAUGACAAGGAGGUGUAG